CGCACGCAAUUGUUCCCGAUCGUAGAUGAACUUGGCGUGAUAGUCUAUGACGGAGACGCCGAGCUGUACACUACAGCAGAUGGAAGACGGGUGCGUGUACUCUGCACACCUAGCGGUUUUGCCGCCGAUUGUUCGGACAAGGAGCUGCAGAACAGCCAUACAAAUACGGAGCUGCCGAAAGCCGCUACUUCGCGAUGCGGAGACGCCACGCCAACGACCACUGAAGCUGCUGCCGCAGCUGCCGUGCCGUGUGCAGCCAUGCCGUCUCCGCAUCGCGAUUCUGAAGAAGCUUUGUGGAGUGGCCGGAGAACUAAGUUUCUCAUUGAAUGCUAUAAAGAGCAUUUCGGCCGCAUCGGGCAAAAGGGGGGACUAAGGAACAAAAAGCAGCUGAUGCUGUUUAUAACAGAUGCAUUAAACGAAGAAUUCGGAUGCACCAUAACGGUGAUUCAAGUCACCAACAAGUGGAAAUCGCUGGAGAGGGCGUAUAAAAAAGUUCGGAUUAACAAUAACAAGUCUGGAAGCGGAGCUGCCGAGUGCAGUUUUGAGGGAGACCUGCAGGACUUUAUGGAAAAACAGCACCACAUAAGUCCAGUUGUGACAUAUGCACAGGGGUGCAAAAUUGUGCCAGACAGCAGGGAGAGGGAGCUGCAGGAUACAACGCAGGCCCCAGAAGCGGCGCUUAGCCCAACCACAAGUGUGGAAAACACACAGGUGGAGCCACGUGGAGCCAAGCUGAAGAAGGACCCGCCCUUGGUGCAGCUGCUGCAAAAGCUGGACCAAAUAGAAACGAAUAGGGCAGCGCGACAUGAACAGAAGAUGGCCCUUCUGGAGCGCUUCGUGAGCGCAUAUGAAGCAAGAAAACAAACACCUUGUUUUCAUCAAAUCUUUUUUGGCAUUUAUACAACUCAGACACAAACAGAAGGUGCAAGGCUUGAAACAGUGCAAAACAUCCAAAACAAAAUUAUAGUGGGCAGAAUAUGGCAGAAAGCAAAGUUCCGUUGA